CACUUUCUCCGGCAUAGUGCCCACUCCUGCAGGUGAAGAACAAUUUGAUCAUUGGUUGGAGCAAGCUUACAUGAUGGUAGAGGUGAGUGAAUGUUCGGCAAAAGAAAAACGACGGAGAAUAAUGGAGGGCCUAAAGGGUCCUGCAUUAGAAGUCAUCAAAGCAGUUCGCCUUUCUGAUCCAAAUGUCAGUCCUGAAGAGUGUCUAGAAGCUCUUGAUAGUGCAUUUGGGAUGGCAGAGUCAGGAGAUGAUUUAUACUUCGCUUUUAGACUGAUGCAACAACAGUCUGGGGAAAAGUUGUCAGACUUUCUACGGAGACUAGAGCGCAGUUUGUCGAAAGUCGUUCAAAGAGAUGGCCUUCCUGCCUCAAGCAUGAACAAAGCUCGGAUUGAACAGUUGCUUAAGGGCGCAGUGGGUUCAGACUUAAUGCUAAUUCAGCUCAGGUUGAGGGAGAGAAAAGGGAACCCCCCAACCUUUCUUGAACUAUUGCGUGAAAUUCGUGCUGAAGAGGAGUAUGAAGCAUCUAGAGCUAAGUUAACUCCAUCAGUACGUGCAGUCUACCCCAAACCUCAGAUAGACCAAAAUCAUUCUGAAAUUCAGAGUCUGAGGGCUGAGAUAAAAGAGGUAAAGUCAAUGUUCGCUGCACUUUCUUCACAAUCCCUUCAAGAUACUGCUGAUAAACAUGACAAAUGUUCAACUGACAGAGAGAGACUUAAAGAACCAAGUCUGGAUGUUGAAGUUGUGGCUUUAAGGAAACAAGUUAAACAGCUGCAGCAAAAAGUCAAGUCCAGAGUGUCACAUCAGGUUGAAACACCACCAGCUGUCAUGGCCGUGUACACUCCAAGUAGACGUCCUGAAGCGGAUGAACGUUUUUGUUACCGCUGUGGUGAAAGCGGACAUAUGGCUAGUAAAUGCAGGAGGCCAGAAAAUCAAAAUAAAGUUAUUCAGAGGCUUAUUCAAGCACUCAAAAAAGCUAAAACCCCAAAUGCACAGUCUUCUACUGAUGAAAGCGUUGAGCAGAGUGCUACAGUGAGAAAGAGUGCAGUGGGUAAUCUACAACCUGUUGGGCUGCCAGAAGGGCUAAUAGGGCCACCGUCCUUGUAA